AUGGCGGCUAGUUAUGCCGCAUCGUUAUCGUCCUAUGCAAAUAAAGGCGUACUUGGACUUCCUGAGCACUACGAUGAGAAAGAAGAGCUGAUCGCAAAAAUUAAACAAUUGGCCAAUUGGAUCAAGUCAAGUAAAUGCUGUGUGAUUCACACAGGUGCUGGUAUAAGUACGGCUGCGGGUAUUCCGGACUUUCGAGGGCCAAAAGGCGUAUGGACACUGGAAGAACGAAACGAACAAGCCGAGAGCAUCGACUUUGAUGUGGCCAAACCAACAUUCACUCAUCACGCAAUCAACGCUCUCGAGAAAUACAACCUCAUCAAAUUCGUGAUCUCACAAAAUGUCGAUGGUCUUCAUGUUCGGUCUGGUUAUCCUUUGAAUCGUCUAGCCGAGUUGCAUGGUAACGUAUUCGUUGAGGUGUGCAAUAAAUGUCAUAGACGAUAUUAUCGUGAUCAUGCAGUCGGUAGUGUUGGUUUCAAGUUAACGGGAAGGAAAUGUGAAGGCACCAAGUUUGGACGUCCGUGUAGAAGAGGUGAACUAACGGAUAUGUGCCUGGAUUGGGAAGAUGCUUUGCCCGAACAGGACUUCAAANCAUUAUCCAUUCUGGAUGAUCCUUCUUUCCCAUUCACCCAUUCAGAUUCCAUUCCCAGUUGGAUAAUAUUUGUAAUAUUCAUCAGUCUCUUACCAAUUUUCAGAAUGUCAGAUCUGAGUAUUUGUUUGGGAACAACGCUACAGAUUAUGCCUUCCGGUGAAUUGCCGUUGAAAGCAAAGAAGAACGUGAAUGGCAAAAUGGUCACAGUUAAUUUACAACCUACCAAAUAUCAUAACGAAACAGAUUUAGUCAUUAAUGGACGUGUAGAUGAGAUUAUGAAAAUGUUAUUGGAUGAAUUAGGCAUCACUGUUAAUGAUGAUGACAGUCCCAAGGCACCGGUGCUGAAAUCCAUACAUCCAAUUGAGAGAAAACUAUUAUCAGCGUGUAAACGACGCAGUUUAACAGCUAAAAAUACUUGA